AUGGCAAUAAAAGGAUCAGGACGCAAAAGGAUUCCGAUGGAGAAGAUAGAUGACUCAAGUAAGGUUGGGGUUACCUUCUCAAAAAGACGGUCUGGCCUCUUUAAGAAGGCAUGUGGGGUCCGCCUUCUAUGUGACUGUCAAACUGCUAUUGUUAUCUUCUCACGGGACAACAAAGUUUAUUCUUUUGGUGAUCCCUCGGCAGAUAGGAUUUUUAAUUCCUUCAUCGACGCUGACGCUAUCCCUGCGGAAGAGGGCGAUGUGACCGAUGUCCCACAGUCCAUAGAGGGUUAUGAUUUUUCUCAACUGAUGGAAGAGAUGAAAGAAUAUGAAGGCAUAGUUGAGGCCGAGAAAACUGAGGAAAAUGGCUUUGCUGAAGUUGAGAACGAUCCUCAAGAUGAGAAUUGCUUGGGGAAAUUGUGGUCAGUACCAGUGGAGGAACUAACAUUGGCGGAAGCUGAAGAAAUGUUGGCCAAAUUGGAGGAGUUUAAACCAUCUGAAGACAAUUCUAGCAGCCAACCACAAACAUAA